UCUUAAGCAACAGUUUUGCCAGGGUAACGAUUAUUCACUCCUACACUGUUCUAUCGCUAACUGCGCCUUGUCAUAGCCUACACUGCCCCCUUUUAGGCUAUGCUCCGUAGACAAGAUCCAAGCACGCGAGACACUCAACUUCCUUGUGAAAGAAUGCCCGUCGGGCCUCCCAAUCAAAAUGACAGAGCUUCUUCGUCUGGCUCUUCUAGAGACAACUAUCGACAGCAGCCAUUUCAACGCCCUUGUUAUUGCAUUUCAGUGUGCUUUAUGCAUGGAUACAGCGUUUUCAACCGCAUUGCUUCCAGAUCUGUGCAAAGUAAUUGCCAACCUUUCCGACGACGCACAAGACAUUUUAUGCCGCUUCCUAGUCGAGCCGGCAGAGGAAAUUACGGAAGAAACAAUACAUCAACAAACGGCCUGCGCAUUCCGACAACUGUUGCAGGUUUUUCAUGACCUUAUUCGUACACGGUCCAUAUUAACCGUCAACUUAUUCAGUCCGAAUACUGAUGCCAUGGUGAUCAAUGCCACCAAAUGUUUGGCCAUGAUGUAUCGCCUCAAUGAGUGCCAACAUUAUGUGCCAUACGUUGACUUUUACAAUGAUACAAUCAACGACCAUUUGGAUAUCAAAGAGGAUUUUCCGAUGUUCAAGGAAAACAAAGGAUUUUCACUCUGGAACUAUUCAUUCAUUUUAAAUCCCGUUGUCAAAGCGGAUAUUUUGAAGGUGGAAAGCGUCUUCCAAAUGCGGCACGAGUUGCAAGAUGCUUUUUUCCGCGCAUUAUUUCAAGGAGUCAAUAGUCCCUAUCUGGUUUUGGAAGUUCGGCGGGAUCAUAUCAUUCAGGAUACCCUUCAACAGCUGGAAGAAAAGUCCAUUUAUGAUUUACGGAAGCAACUGCGGAUACAAUUUAUUGGAGAAGAAGCUGUAGACGAAGGUGGUGUACAGAAAGAGUUCUUUCAGCUCAUCGUUAGAGAAUUAUUUGAUGCAAAAUACGGAAUGUUUGCGUUGAAUGAAGAAUCGCGGUUAUACUGGUUCGUACCAAAUCCCGCGGUUGACGAGUUAACAGCAAGAGAGUACAAACUCGUUGGUCUAUUACUGGGCCUUGCUGUAUACAACAGUAUUACCCUCGAUCUCCAUUUUCCGCCUGCAUUGUACAAGAAGCUCAUGAACGUGGAAGUUGGCUUGGAAGAUCUUGAGCAAUUAGAUCCCAGUUUAGCACGAGGCUUAAGGCGUUUGCUAUCGUUCGAAGGUGAAACUGAAUCCGAAUACGAUCGUUCAUUCCAAGUCGAUAUUGAAUCUUAUGGCCAUAUCCACACUUACGAUUUGAUACCCAAUGGCGUAUCUGUUCAUUUGACGCGAGAAAAUAAGAAAGAGUUUGUCGAUCUGUACGUCAGCUUUACCUUGAACGAAUCUGUAAAAGACCAGUUUGAUGCUUUCCAGACAGGGUUCGCGUUAAUAUCUCAAGACAGCGCUAUCAAGAUCUUUCGCCCGGAAGAAUUGGAGCAGUUAAUAUGCGGUAGUUCCGAACUGGACUUUGAUGCAUUGGAGAAAGCGACAGUGUAUGAUGGAGGAUGGACACAAGAUUCACCAAUUAUACGAUAUUUUUGGGAAAUUGUGCGAGAGUUUUCAUAUGAAGAGAAAAAGAAACUGCUGUUUUUCGCCACUGGAUCUGAUCGAGCACCCAUUGGUGGCUUGGGCAAACUGCAAUUUGUCAUUGCAAAGAAUGGCGCUGACUCUGAUAGGUUACCGACGUCACAUACAUGUUAUAAUGUGCUGCUGUUAUGCGAGUAUAGCAGCAAGGAGAAGUUAAAGGAAAGAUUACUAAUUAGCAUUAGCAAUGCAGAGGGAUUUGGUAUGAUUUAGAGCUUAA